GUUACCCGGGCCGCCUUCUUCCUGCUUAGUUCUGGGGAGGCUGAGCGCUUGUCUUCGUGACGUCACGCCGUCCAGUCACCCGGGCUGCUUGUGUAGAAGUGAGGGAUCAUGCAGCCCCGUCGGCCCGAGGGUUUCGAUGGCCUGGGAUAUAGGGGAUCGGCCUGGGGCCGCGGAGACGAGGCCCCCCCGCCUUACCAGCACAGCUUCCCGGCAAGGUCAUUCAGCUCUUCCGGGGAUCUGUCACAACACUGGGUGACCACCCCGCCCGACAUCCCGGGGAGCCGUAACCUGCACUGGGGAGAGAAGACGCCACAGUAUGGAGGAGAUGGAAACCAGGCGCCCCCCGGCCUGGGGGAGGAGAGCGGGGAACAGCUCAAUCGGUUUGCUGGAUUUGGCAUUGGAUUGGCAAGUCUCUUUACAGAAAAUGUAUUGGCUCACCCCUGUAUUGUCCUGCGCCGACAAUGCCAGGUUAACUACCAUGCAAGAAAUUACCACUUGUCACCAUUCAGCAUUGUGAACAUUAUGUAUAGUUUUACCAAGACACAGGGUCCAAAGGCACUUUGGAAAGGAAUGGGAAGCACUUUUAUUGUUCAAGGUAUAACCCUUGGAGCAGAAGGAAUCAUCAGUGAAUUCACGCCUCUGCCCAGGGAACUUACUUACAAGUGGAGUCCCAGGCAAAUCGGAGGACAUCUUCUUCUUAAAGGAUUAGUCUAUGUAAUUGCCACUCCCUUCUAUUCGGCAAGCCUUAUUGAAACUGUACAGAGCGAGAUCAUCCAUGACAAUCCUGGAAUUUUAGAUUGCCUAAAAGAAGGAAUUGGAAGAGUUAUGGGACUUGGUGUGCCUCACAGCAAGCGUUUGCUGCCGCUUCUUGUUCUGAUGUUUCCUACAGUCCUCCAUGGUGUGCUGCAUUACAUAGUCAGCUCUGUCGUUCAGAAAUGUGUUUUAUUCUUCAUAAAGAAGAAGAAGAAUCCUGCCCAAAUUCCAAGUGAUGGAGCCAGCACGGCCCAAAACAUUUUAGAAGAUUAUUUCCCAGAACUCAUAGCUAAUUUUGCCGCAAGCCUGUGCGCUGACGUCCUACUGUUUCCUCUCGAGACAGUCAUGCACCGCCUUCACAUUCAAGGAACACGCACAAUAAUUGAUAAUACAGACCUUGGUUAUGAAGUGGUGCCUAUUAACACUCAAUAUGAGGGAAUGAGAGACUGUAUCAAUACUAUAAGGCGAGAGGAAGGGAUGUUGGGCUUCUACAAAGGCUUUGGAGCUGUGGUGGUGCAAUAUACUCUUCAUGCUACCGUUCUGCAGAUCACUAAAUUCAUUUAUUCAUCUCUUUUGCAAAAUACAGCCCAAUGAGUGACUUCCCUAUUGGCACAUCAGUAUGUUUCAUUUCAAGUUCCACCCUAUAUUUAUGCCAAUGGGAAACAGAAGAGGGCACUUUGCCAGUACCUAAACAAGAUUGUUUGAACUGAACAUUGAAUAUUCCACUUGGAAAACAUGGAUAUGCCGUUGCUCGAAGUCUUGGUGUUUGUACAAUGCAGAUCUUAUUUCAGUACUUUACAGGUGUUUUUCACACCUGGGGGGCCUUUUGGGCAGAUGACCUGAUGUUGUCAGACCUGUGGAGGAAAGCAUACUUACCUGUUCUCCGCACUCUGCUCCCUGCCCGUCAACAUCCUGUUUGAUGUGGGUCAUGUGGCCAAAGCAGUCAAUGACUGGCCGCAGCAGUGAUGUGUCCCCUAUGCGUCAUGUCACAAGGUCACGUGAUGCAUGGUGGGUAGGUCACCACUGCAGCCAGGUGGCCCAUGUCAAACAAGGAUCAAAGUAGUUGGUGAGUAUACAUACUUCCCACUUAGGGUUUCUGCCCAAAAAGCCCCCAGGGGUGAAGCAUUUUAGGUGUACUGCUAAAUUUAUCUACAGGUUGACUUUUGUGCCUCAAGAGCUGAAUUGCUCAUUCUUUUGCUCAGAAACUGAGUUCAUCUGUAGUCAUUACAAUAGAGGUAACCUACAGAGAAA